CAGAUUGUCGCCAACAUGAAGACGAUUUGCCUGCUCCUGUUCGUUAGCCUUCUGGCGCUGGUAAAUGCUGCCCCAGCACCACAACCUAAAGCCGCCGGAAAUGAUCCCACCGUGAGCGUGCUGCGCUACAGAAACGAUCAAGAUCUGGAGGCCAUACAGCGGGCCAUCAUUGCUCAGUAUGAGCAGAUCGGUGGCACAACCCAAGUGCACGCUCCCCGUGUGGCACACACUGUGAAUCCCUCCAGCUUAAGAAUCAACAUUUAAUGUUCUCCGAAAAUAAAUUUGAAACUGUUAAUGAUUCCAA